CACACUUCCUUCCUAUGAUUCGGAGAACUAAACGGAAGCGAAAGCAUAAUGUUCUUUUUACUGCUGUCAUUAUUCGUUCCAUGAGAAGCGGUAGUAUUCAACACCGAUUGAUAGUUGUUUAAAUGGCGGGCUUUUUGCCAAGCUGGAAAAAUGUGAAAGAAAUUGGCAACCAAGUUUUGGGUCAUGGGGACUACCAACAAGCAACCGAUCACUAUAGCCAUGCCAUUUUUCUGGCGGAGGUAUGUGGUGGUGCAAGCAUUUGGGAACUGUCAGCAUUGUACAGCAACAGGUCCCAUUCCUUUGCAAAGCUAGGAUUCAUCGAACAAGCUCUUCAGGAUGCUUUCCAUUGUAUUGAAAUAAAUAGGAAUUGGUUUAAGGGAUACUGGCGAGCGGGACAGGCUUUGAAACUUUUGCAUAAGCCCCAAGAAGCUCUUCAAGUAUUUAGCGAUGGCUGUGCACUGGUGAAUGAAGAUGAUGGCAAAAACUUUCAUACUAAAGUUGACUUCAUUGUGGAAAUAGUAUCCUUGUCUCAUGAAAUUGGAAGCUGGAUGCACCUUGCAACACAUGUUAGAGCUCGUGAUAAUGUGUGGUCGCAGCUGCUGUUUUGUAUGGCAAAAAAGAAGAAGUGGGAAACACUCUUAAUCCUGCUAAUGGGAACUGGAGUCUUCAGAAAAGAAUCUGUCAUGUUUAAUUACCAAGGAAAGUUCCCCAAAAUAAGCACUCAAAAGAUCUGUCUUACCAACUUAAUCAAGUACUGUGCAUCUCAAGCAGACCCUAGUUUUGUGCAUCUUGCAAUCAAUCUUCUGCAACAUGGAUCCAAAGAAACAGAUAUAACAUUAGAGACGGGGGACACUCCAUUCCAUGCAGCUCUUACAAUUGCAGUGAGAACCUCAAAUACAGACCUUUUGUGGCAUUUGGUUAAUUCCAACCCAGACAGGGUUAAGGGAGUACAAGAUGCCCGCGGGGAUACUCUCCUGCACAAAUUGGCCAAAACACUGGCAAGGGAACCUUCUCUUCUCUUUGGGGAUGUCACAUCUGAACUCAUGGAAAAAAAAGCUAAGGUGAGCUUGAGGUUAUAUUCUCAACCAAGGUCACAGCAGAGAGUUGAACUGGGCUACUCUGGAAAAUAAUGAGUACUAAUUACUUCUAUAUAAUCUAUAUAUUCUACUUCAUUACUUCUAUAUAAUCAUAAUUAAUUCAUUUUGUUACUGUGAAUUAUAUUAAAGCAGGCGAGCACAAAAUGCUGUGGCGACGUGCCGCCUGCUUUUAAUUUAUUUAUAAUGUAUAUCUUUAUUGUAGAAAUAAAUCUGAUAAAAAAAGGUGAGCUUGUCAGUUCCAUGGGCAUAAAAUUGUUACAGGUACCAAAGAAAUUUGAUGUGGAAUGCAAAUACUAAAACUAGACAUGGUUCAUGUACUGGUAACCAUUCCACAAAACCAGUGCUUGGUUUACAAUAGAAGAAUUCAUUUUUUAUAAAUAGUAUUCAAAGUAUUUAAAAUAAUGAAAUCCAUUUAUUAUUGAACAAUACUUUAACCUAUGAUUAAAAAAACUGAUUCGGAAGGAAAUUUUAAAUUGUGAGAAAAAAGUUACUUUUCUAUCAUCUGACACAUUCAUUUCAUUUGCGAAUAUAGAAAUUACUUUUAAAAAUUACUGUUUGAUUAAUUUUUAUUCGAAAUUUCAGGUAGAUCCCAACAUUAGAAAUAAAGAGGGAAAGCUUGCCAUAGAGUACUUACCAAAGGGGAUUGCAUUGUAUGGUGAGCUAGA